AUGUGUCGCACCAUUCCUGAGCUCCUUCCUUCGGGCAUCCAGCAAUUAUGCGACGAGGCACGGGCUGCCCUUCUGACCCCAACAUAGGUAUUCCCUUUCCGAUCCCUUAUCCCUAUGCCAACUCAUGAAAGGUGUCCUUUCUUCUUUCCAGGACCGUACGUUGAUAAAUCCGGGUUUUCCUUAUCGAUCUCGAGCACGAGUGCACCAGAUUUACGAUUGUGUUUCUCCAGCCGCAAUCAUGUCUUCCGCAUUUUGGCUCAAGAUAUUCCCCUUUGGACUUUUUGUCUCCACUUCAUACUCCGUGGCUGUCGAGAAUUCCUUUCAACAAAAGGCGAUUGAGCCGACGGCUUCGGGCCAAAUUGGUAUAAAUCCAGUGACGGACUUUGGGCCGUAUUCUCAAUACAUUCCCCCUAUCGGCCCUCACUCUGAUGUUCUCGUUGUUCAAGAUGGUCAGACGCAGUGGAAGUGGCCUAACCCUAAUUACUUCACUGAAGUCCCAGUGACUACUACAAUCGAUAAUGAGGUCAAGACCAUGAUCUCCCCCGUUCAAAUCUCGGCAUCCAAGGCUACUGCUACCGCCGAUGGCGUCAACCCCGGGGACGUAACGAUAGUUAUAUCUCCAGCCUUGAAGAUCGAGCUCGAGAAUUUUGCUGUCGAUGUAGCUGCUGAAUGCAAGCUUGGGGCGAAAAUGAAGCGUGCGAAUGUCGCAGCUGCCCCUCUUGCCGUUCUUCAGUGCGUCACUUCCCAAGCUAUCAAGGCUGCUCAACCUGGAGGCCAGCUCGCCCCCGCUCUGGAAGGAGCUGGACUCGAGGAGACAGCCGCGGCUGCUGAAGUUCCUGCCAGUGUCGUUGAGUUAAUCGGAGGUUUAUUCGAUGUCUUGGUUGCUGCCGGUCAGAUCGCCAAGAACCAACUUCGACUACGAUCGAUAUGGAUUCUCUCAGUCAUUCUUCAGACAUAUACAUGGACCGGCCUCAUUUUAUAUCUGUACCGCCUUCCGUCCCAACCGAGCGAUAUCGCACAAACUAUAAAGCCUAGUGCGACGCCUACAGGAUGCGCUCCUGGAGCGCCCACUGGGGUCAAUGCGCCAAUAUGCCUAGACGAAAGCUGCCAGGGUUUAACCGAAUCCGGGCAAUGCUCUCUGGGAAAAUGGGAAGGCUGCGACUGCUUAGAUACUCUUGUCAUUGACGGCACCGCCCAAAUUGUCGACCCUGCUUGGUUCGAGCUUCAGCAAGAGAUCCUAGGUGAGGUCAUGUCAGCGGCGGACGAGGGUGUAGAAUGCAUUGUGAACGGCGGUUUCAAACUCUUCGACGGAAGCAACAGUACCGAGCCACCAGAGUAUUGCGUUUGCUCAGAACUCUACCGUGUUCCGUACACCCUCGGAGCCUAUUACCCCACAAUACCAUCCACAUCCGCUCCCUGCGCAUACACGACCCUCCCCGCGUCCCAGAUAGCCAUAACACAUCUAAAGACGACGCUACCCUACGAAUCGGUCACUUCUUGUCGAUCGCAUACAGCCACAACAAACAAUGAGGUUUACACUAGUUGCACAUGCAACAAUGAAAAGGGUUACAAUUAUCAAAUACCUACGACGGAUCCCACGACCACAAUUACGGAGGAAGGAUGCGAUUACCUUGUGAGGGAGGCCGAAACUGUCAGGGCAUCCAUGAGUGCAAGCACGGUUCCUGCACCCACACCUACGAAUAAAAACCCUCCCGCUCAGUCCGUCAACCUUGGCAUACUCUACUGCUUUCCCGACCACACAUCUGAAAGGGCGACUUGGUACAUGUCCUCGGACACAGUAAGCAAUGCCAUAGAACAGGAAUGCGAGAAAUGGGAUAGCAUGGCAUCACCGUGGAAGGUUGGACCAGGAGCAACCGAUCAAUAUUCCUUCACCAUCAACGUUCCCGACCCAAGCGCGGGAGGAACAUCGACUAACGUUCACUUCGUUAUUCGAUCUUCGAAGAACGAUGGCUGCCCCGUUCUCGAUAUCGGUGGGACCGAUAAGUCGCCGCUAUGCAAGGACAUCUUCGCGAACAGUAUUGUCAAUAAUUGUGACCACGAUCAGGACGGUGAGUCAUUCAAGAAGCAAGGUGGUCGCUUCGAGCGCGAUUGCUUGACGUGGAGUAUCGCCAGAGGCUGCGAUGUCGCUAUGAACCCUGACUGCGCCUUCAACUAG